UCAAAAUCCAAUCUCACCCCUUUGACCCCCCCACCCUCAAUCGACAGAAAACCCCCAAUUCGCCGGUCCAAGAAACCAACGGCAUCAGCGAUGGUGAACGCGACGGAGCUCUGGCAAACCCGCCACGCGAUCGUCCACUACACCGCUCGUCGUCCCGCGACGUUCUUCACGGUGCUGGCGGUGGCGGCGGCCCUCUACCACGUCGUCUAUCCGGGUGGCUCCAGCCACCGCCAGCCGAGGAAGAGGAGCAGUUUCGAGCAGAUGGAGCCGCUCCCUCCUCCGGUUCAGCUCGGUGAGAUCACCGAGGAGGAGCUUAGCGCUUACGAUGGGUCUGAUAGCAAGAAGCCCUUGCUUAUGGCUAUCAAGGGCCAGAUCUAUGACGUUACUCAGAGCAGGAUGUUCUAUGGACCUGGUGGCCCAUACGCAUUGUUUGCCGGUAAAGAUGCCAGCAGAGCAUUAGCGAAGAUGUCAUUCGAACAGAAAGAUUUGACCGGAGAUAUCUCUGGCCUUGGACCCUUUGAACUCGAGGCCCUCCAGGACUGGGAAUAUAAGUUCAUGAGCAAAUACGUUAAAGUAGGGACGGUUAAGAAAACCGUGCCAGUGACAGAAGCCAGCACCUCCGAAGCAACUGAGCCAUCUACUCAGACCACCGAAAGAGGCCCAGUGGAGGACCUAAAAGAAGAGGAUACACCAGCAUUUCAUGCCAAAUCCGAGGAAGGUGCAUCAGUGGAGGGUGGCGAAGUAAAGGAAGUCGGUGUAGCAGAGGAUAGCAAGGAAUAAAUUCAGAUGAUGCAUCAUUGUCUGUGUAGGUCAUAUCAUCUUUCUUGAAUCGGUGCCCUGGACUUAUUAUCUAUAUGUUUGAGAGGUUAGCAUGGUAGUAGAUUUUAUUGUACUUGAAUCUGAAGCAUAUGAAAGAACUACAGACUGUCUGCCCACUAUAAUGAUGAUAUGCACCUUAUAAAAUGAAGGUAAUAAAUUUGCUGUAGAGGUUCUGAUCUUUU